AUGAAUAAGCACCCUAACUUGAGUUACUCCAACAACAACACCUUAAAUCCCUUGUUUCCUAAUCCACAACAACAACAACAACCAAGAAAGCCUCCAGGUAUUGAGGAAACAAUGAUGAGUUUCAUGAAAAUGACUCAAAGUAACUUUGAAGAAAUGAAGAAGGGUCAAGACCUUGAAAGGAAGAACAAUGAAGCCUCAAGGAAAAUGCUUGAAACACAACUUGGGCAAUUAGCUAAGCAGUUGGCUGAACAGAACAAAGGGGGAUUCUCAGGAAAUACUCAAGAGAACCCUAAAAAUGAAACUUGCAAUGUUAUUGAGUUGAGGAGUAAAAAGGUUUUGACACCUUUAGUUCCAAAAGUUCCCAAUAAAGUUGAUGAAAAUGUUGUGGAGGUAGAUGAAAAUGUUGAAGAUGAGGAAGUAGUUGAAAAAGAGAGUGAUCAAGGUGUAGUUGAAAAUGAAAAGAAGAAAAAAACAGAGGGAGAAAAAAGUGAGAAGUUAAUAGAUGAAGACUCGAUCUUAAGAAAGUCUAAGAGCCAAAUUUUGAAGGAUGGGGAUGAACCACAAAUUAUCCCAUCUUAUGUGAAGCUUCCCUACCCUCAUCUAGCCAAAAAGAAGAAGAAGGAGGAAGGACAAUUCAAGAAAUUCAUGCAACUCUUCUCACAACUUCAGGUGAAUAUUCCUUUUGGUGACGCUCUUGAUCAAAUGCCGGUGUAUGCUAAAUUCAUGAAAGAAAUGUUAACGGGGAGAAGAAAACCAAAAGAUGAUGAGAACAUCUCUCUUUCCGAGAAUUGUAUUGCUAUUCUCCAAAGGAAACUUCCUCCUAAGCUUAAAGAUCCUGGUGCUUUUACUAUUCCUUGCUCCAUUGGGCCGGUAGACAUUGGAAGAGCUUUAUGUGAUUUAGGGGCAAGCAUCAAUUUGAUGCCCCUUUCAAUGAUGAAGAAGCUUGGAGGUGGGGAGCCAAAACCUACAAGAAUGACUCUCACUUUAGCUGAUCGGUCAAUCUCCUAUCCGUAUGGUGUGCUUGAACAUGUGCUAGUUAAAGUGAACGAUCUAAUAUUUCCUGCUGACUUUGUAAUCUUGGAUAUGGCUGAAGAUGAAGAUAUGCCUCUUAUUCUAGGGAGACCAUUCCUUGCAAUAGGCCGUGCUUUGAUUGAUGUUGAAAUGGGGUAG